AUGCCAACGGACGACCCUUGGGAUCAAGAACCACCGAAUACAGGUCUUGUAGUCACCAGGCCAAGCAAGCAGCCACAGCGUCAGGUCGUCCCAGAUGACUGGGACGACGACGAGGAGGAGGAGGAUGCCCUUCCUGAUCCUGAGCUGAACAAGAAGAUAUGGCACGAGGCAAAUACGAAGGCACCCAUGCCUGAAUUCCUCGUCAAAUCGUCUUCUACGAUCGUUGCACCCCCCGCAUCUGCGUUUCAACCGCAGCUGCGCAUACUCAAGCGACCCUCUGCGACGCCCCCUGCCUCGACCUCUCCAUCGCUAGUCGGAGCACGGGAAACCGUGCAGCAACGCGAGGCGAAAUACAACGCGGCUCGUGAGCGUAUAUUUGGCACCAAUGAGCAGGGACGAGACUCCGAGGGGAGUAGGAAUGCAAGCCUUUCAUCGCUCCAGAGUGCUCCCCCCAGGGAUAGCGUACGACGUAUAGAUCCAACUCAGUCAUCCACUCCACCUCGUACCUCUGUCACCAGGAAUCCGCAAGGCCCUGCUGAUGCUGGUCUCACAAUGACGAAUGCCGACGGGUCACCAGUGCCUCGAGGCUUUGGGCGGCGUAUAGGCGAUAGUAAACCUGUUCCUCAGGCUGGUGAUUGA